AUGCAGUUUUUUCAGGAUGGUGGGCACCAAAAUGGCCACCGGUCAUCCUCCAAGUCGUCCUGUCUCUACACGGCAUACGGCAUCUGUGUCAUCUCUAAAUACCCUUACUACAACGCUCUCCGGGACUGCCUGUCAUGUCUCUUGACCCAGCUCAAGCCCAGCUGGAUGGGGGACUUUGAGGAGAGGGUGAAGGAGUUUUCAGCCAAGCUGGCGCUGGUGCCCAUUCCCCCACCUGGGCAACUUCAUGUGGUCUUUAACCUCAGGCCUCUCCAGAUUGAGCUUCCCUCCCGGGAGGAUAAGGACCGGCCGGCUGUUGACCUGGACCUCCAUCUGCCUUUCCUGUGCUUUAGACCCCGACAGCUCCUCCAAAUCAUUACCAGCCUGUUGACAGAGCAGAGGGUAGUACUGUUGUCCUGUGACUGGGCCCGGCUCACCCUGCUGGCAGAGAGCCUGAUGCUCUUCAUCCACCCCCUGGUGUGGCAGCACCCCUUCGUGCCCAUCCUCUCACACCAGAUGCUGGACUUCCUCAUGGCGCCCACCGCCUACCUCAUGGGCUGUCAUCUGCACCACUAUGAAGAGGUGGCUGCGGAAACGGAUGAUCUGAUCCUGGUUAAUAUUGAUGAUGGGACCGUGUCGUCUUCCUGGUCUGAUGGGAUUGACCUGCCCGAUGUCCCGCUGGCGGCCGCAGAGUGUUUUAUAACACGGGUGGAGGGCCUCCAGGUGCACUAUGACCUGGAGGUGUGUCACCUGGGGGCCAGUACAGAGGUGAACGAGAGGAGGUCCCAGAGGAAGCAGUGGCAGAGGAAACUCAACACACACAUCCAGAAUAUCACUCUGGAACUCAUCGUCAACAUCUUCAGAGAAGUCCACGAUCACCUCAACUAUGAGCACAGAGUCUUCAACAGUGAGGAGUUCUUUAGGUCUAGAGAGCAAGCAGACCAGCCAUUUUACAAGAAGGUGUUGGACACACACAUCUUCCACUCAUUCCUACGGGAUCGUCUGAACAGGAAGAUGGACGCAUUCACACGUAUGGAGCUGAGUACUCGGACAGAAGCUUACAGUCUGAGGUCCAUGACAGAGUCUCCGCGGCGGCCCACCAUGCAGGAGUUGGCCCGUAAAUACACCAGCCCAGAGAGCCGGCUCAGCAAGAGGCUGGGGGCCAGCCUGCCCAACCUGGGGGAGAGUGGGGGGUCUCUGGUGGGGCCCCUCAGGCAGACCUCCUUCAAGAACAUUCAGGUGGACAGCGGUAUGAAGUCUCCCCAGAGGCCAGUGAGAUUCUUCAAGCUUCCUGAGUUCCCCCCUCCGCUGGCCUACCACUACGUCCAGAAUUACUACCAGGAGAUGAUCACCCUCCUGGGCAAGGCCAUCAGCGGGGCGGCCUCCGAGGACUCCUCUCUCCUGGCUCGCUAUCACUACCUCAGGGGCUUCGUGAACACCGUGGCCGGUAAACGCCUGGACGCUCUAGAAGACUUCCAGAACCUCUACAAGACGGACACAGACAUCUUUCCUGGCGAGCUGGUCAACGCGCUGGUGGACUCUCUACAGGAGGGCGAACAGGCACUGGCUGACCGCCGACCCGAAAUCAAACGCCUGAUUAGUCAAGUGAAGAGGGACCAUGAGAGGGAGCGGGCGUGCCAUGUCGACGAAGGUGUCAAGCGGUUCCAACUCCCGAAAAAGCACAUGCAGUUGGAGGACUUUGUGAGGCAUGUGCAGGAGUCUGGGAUUGUCAAAGACCAGGGGACCAUUCACCGGCUGUUUGAGGCUCUCACUGUGGAAUGUCGUAAGAGCAGCUUGGGUUGGCAUGGUGGUGGCUCUGCGGUGAAGGCUCCUUCCCAGUCUAUCUUUUACCUUGAUUCCAAUCUGGAGGGCCAGCAGAAACAGGUGGACCCGGAGAUAUUCCGCGUGUUCUACACCUUCUGGAAGGAGACGGAGGCCGAGGCUCAGGAAGUGGCCCUGCCGGCCUCGGCCCUGGAGCACCUGGAGGCUAAUGAGUCUGUCUUCAAGCUGUCCUCUUCGGUCAAGACCAGCCACGGCGUGGGCAAGAUCGCCAUGACACAGAGAAGGCUGUUCCUGCUGACCGAAGGACGACCCGGGUACAUGGAGGUCACCAAGUUCAGAGACAUUGAGGAGGUGAAGAUCUCCUCUGCUCCCUUCCUACUGCUGAGGAUCCCGUCUUUGAAGAUCAAGACCACCCUGAGGAAGGAGACGUUCGAGGUCAACCUGAAGUCAGAGGUUGACCUCUGGCACCUCAUGGUCAAGGAGAUGUGGGCUGGAAGGAAGAUGGCCGACGACCACAAGGACCCCCAAUAUAUGCAGCAGGCUCUGACCAACGCCCUGUUGAUGGAUGCAGUGGUUGGCUGUCUGCAGUCACAAAAGGCCAUUUUUGCUGCAACCAAGCUGGCACACUUUGACAGAAUGAAACUGGAAGUCCCGCUGAUGGUCCCUAAAACCACGUCAGAGACCCUGAAACACAAGAUCAACCCUUCUCUGAACCUGACUAGCCCCCAGGCGGUGGAUGUUCUGCUCUACACCCCAGGCCAGCUGGGCGUGUCGUCUGACUCUGAGGGUGAUGGGAACCCCAAACUGUGGUGUGCCCUGAGUGACGGGAAGGUGGUGGUGUUUGAUGCAACCAGCUGGUCCAUGCAGCAGAACCAAGUCCAAGUGGGAACUUCACGAGUGAACUGCAUGCUGGGAGUGGACCGGCAGCAAGUGUGGAUUGGCUCCCAGGAUUCAGUCAUUUACAUAAUCAGCACCCGCAGCAUGUCCUGUAACAAGCAGCUGACAGACCACCGCAGUGAGGUCACAGGGCUGUCCCUAGGGGAACGCAGCGAGAAAUGCAGCCCCAAGGUGGCAUACUCCUGCAGUGCGGAGGGUGCAGUGAUAGUGUGGGACGUGUCCACGUUACAGGUCAGGAAACAGUUCCGGGUCUCCUGCGACCGUCUCCAGUCCGUUCAGCUCUGCAAUGGAACCCUAUGGUGCUGUGCCAGAGACUGCAUUAUGGAGGUGUGGAAAAACGGAAUGUUACAUCGCAAGAUCUCCCUUCCUGAGCAGCUCUGUGGCUCCCCAACUGCCUUCAGCAGCCUCCUGCUCUACCAUGAGAGGGAGCAGCUGUGGACGGCCUGUAUAGACGUAGGGGAGCUGUGUGUGUGGCACCUCAGGGAGCCCACCAAGCCUUUCCAGAGGAUCCAGCUGCCUGACUGUGCAGGCGUCACCUGCCUUAUCAAGGUCAAAAACCAGAUCUGGGUUGGGGGCCGAGGGUGGAGUUCGGGGAAGUCCAGGGGGAAGAUCUACGUAGUGGAUGCCCAGCGACACACGGUGGAGAAGGAGCUGGUAGCUCACACAGACUGUGUCCAGGCACUGUGCUCUGCAGAGGACCGCUAUGUGCUGAGUGGGGCAGCCCGUGAGGACGGGAAGAUAGCCAUCUGGAAAGUGGAGUAACUUGAGUGGAAAUUCAAUACUGCCACCUGGUAACUGGGGGUCAGAACAGGAUUGUGUUCAUUAUUCACCAAACGGUAGAAAACGGACUGAAACAGGAACUUGUUCAAUAAGAAACGCUCAUUUUUGUUAACCAUUAAAUUGUUUUGCUAAGGUGUGCCCAAAUAACCCAGGUGAUUAUGAACAGUUGGGAAAUAAACUCUAGUCGUGAUUUGUGACUGCCUGUGGAUGGAUGACCAACCCAAAGUUCACCUGAUUGCAUAGGAUUUAUUUCUGGAAUAAUCUUUCCAACCUAUAGUUUUAAACACAUGUAUCUUAUUGUUUAUGUUAAAGGGAAACUAUUUAGGUAUUUGUUUCAUUAGUCCAUUGUUGAUAUAAUCCCAACAUGUUUUGAAUAUCAGAAAUACAUUUUUCAAGAUAUAUAACUUAAAAAAUACAGAUACUGCCGGUGUGAUGCAUUUUUGGACUAUCAACAAUAGACUAAUGAAACAAAUACCAAAACACAGUUUUGGAUGUCAUUUUCCUUUUUAAGCAGUACACUGCUUAUUGUAUUAUUUACAUCAAAGGAGGAACCUUAGAUGUUUUUAUAUUGGGAUGCUUCACAGGCUACUCACAUCCAAAUAAGUAUUUCAUAUUUAAUGUAUGUGCUUUUUCUUCUAAAUAUGUUUUUGUAUGUUUAAUACACUCAACCCAAACUAUGCAUUUUAGUAUUAUUAAA